AAAAGUUCAAUCGGAUACAUUUCUCGGCCGUUGCUCGCUUAUAGCGGCGGUAUGAAAAAUGGCCAUCGUCAGAUUCGGUGAACUAUCGGUGGCUUUUUUAUUAAACUGUCCUUUUUAUUAGCGAAGCAACAGAGCAAACAAUGCGAGUCGUAUCAGUGCUAGCCUGCUAGCUGAAACUGUAACUAACGGGUGGUAGUUUAGCUUGUUAACUGGCCGUUAGAGUGGCUCCGUGUCCCGGGCUGAAGCAGAUGGGAUCCUCGGUGUAUUUGGGUGUAAGGCGGAAGACUGCGCAUCAACACACCGAACCAGAGAUGCUACAAAGCUACAGCCGCUAGACAGCUAAACGUUUGUUGCAAGAUGCAGGUAAACGGCGACCGAUUAACCAGGAAUUAAGGAUCACGGAGGAAACAUUUAGACUGUUGACAUCCAACUUUAUGGAGCCACAACAGGUCGUCUUGUACUGAGACGGCUUUAAUACUCUGCUAGACAAAGCGCUCUCCGAACGUCAGGAUGGCGAGCAGGAGGAAAUCCACCACCCCCUGCAUGGUCCCUCCUCGAGAAGCUGUUGACUCGGACCAGGAGAUGGAGGACGUCACAGAUGCAGCUGAUCCAGAGGGCAGUAACGGCGUGGCGACCGUCUCCUCUGAGCCUUCCGGUCUGUUGGAGGAGUGGGGCGAGGAUGCAGACUUGAGACCAGUGUCAGACCACUAUCUGGACUUGAACAUGGCAGAGGGAGGCUACGAGUGUAAAUACUGCAGCUUCCAGACGUCAGAGCUCAACCUGUUCACCAUGCAUGUGGACACGGAGCAUCCAGAUGUCGUCAUCAACACCUCGUACGUCUGCAUGGAGUGUGACUACCACACCAAGAGUUACGACACACUGCUGGCCCACAACGCUCGCCUCCACCCUGGCGAGGAGAACUUCACUCGGACGAUGGUGAAGCGAAACAACGAGACCAUCUUCCAGCAGACAAUCAACGACCUUACCUUCGAUGGCAGCUUCGUCAAAGUGGAGGACAACGAGGCGGAAGAGACGUCCCGCAAUAGCAUCGCCCUCAGCAAGACUCCCAUCAUGAGGAUCAAGAGCAGACCAGAACCUAAGAAGUUCAUCCUCUCGCACAAAAUGGCCGUCGACGAUGUCAUCAAAGUGGAAAGUGACGAGGACGACGAGAAUAAGGAGCCGCCUACGCUGUCUCCCGCACCGAUGACCCCUGUCGUCGUCGCCCCUCGUCUCAUCCCCGUCUCCACGGCGGUGCAGGUCCAUGCCAUCCCGCACAACAUCGUGGUCAACAGCUCCAACGUGCUGCAUAUUAAAGGUGGCUCGGGUGGCGGCGCCGUGCUGCCUCCUGGGACGCUGGCUCAGGUUCUGUCGGCCCUGCAGAACCAGCAGAACUGCACUCAGACGCAGCUCCUCAUCCCCAUCAGCAGCAUCCCCACCUACAACACCACCAUGGACAACAACGUCCUGCUGGUCAGCGCCUACAACAGGUUUCCGUAUCCCUCGGUGUCGGAGAUCAUGGGCUUAUCUUCGCAGACGAAGUUCAGCGAGGAGCAGAUCAAGGUCUGGUUCUCCGCUCAGAGGCUGAAACAUGGAGUGAGCUGGACACCGGAGGAGGUGGAGGAGGCGAGGAGGAAAAAGUUUAAUGGCACGGUGCAGACCGUCCCUCAGACCAUCACUGUCAUCCCAGCCAACAUCGCCGCAGCCACCAACGGCCUGCAGUCCAUCUUCCAAACCUGCCAGAUCGUCGGCCAGCCGGGCCUCGUCCUCACUCAGUUGACCGGUAACGGGAGCACCAUGCCGGUCGCCACUCCCAUCACCCUGACAGUCGCAGGCGUCCCCGGCAACCAGCCCAAAGCCACAGAACCGUCGACGUCAGAAUCAAAAACUGAGAUGUCACUCAGCGCAGCGCUCAGUCUGGACGCAGCGGCAGCCAAACCGAAGAAGUCCAAGGAACAGUUGGCGGAGUUGAAGGCAAGCUACGGCAGGAGGCAGUUCGCCACGGAGGCGGAGAUAUCACGACUCAUGCAGGUCACCAAACUCUCCAAACGAGCAAUAAAGAAGUGGUUCAGCGACACACGCUAUAACCAGAGGAACUCCAAGGAUCACCAAGGUGUCCUGCUGAGUGAAGCCCCGCCCACCAGAGUGCCAGUGCCAGGAGGACGAGGAGGAAGGAACAGCAGCGGCAGCCUUAACGACAGCAACAAUAGCGACCACAACACCACCAUCGUCAUCGACUCCAGCGACGACGCCAGCGAUUGCUCUCCGACUUCUGCCAACGCCCUGCCCGGUUCCACUAGAGACCCGCGGGUCAAAUUCCGCCACGCCUUCCCCGACUUCACGCCACAGAAGUUCAAGGAAAAGACUCAGGAGCAGCUGCUCGUCCUGGAGGACAGCUUCCAGAAUUCAGACACACCCUCGGACGAAGAGCUGAGUCGGCUGCGUGCGGAGACGAAGCUGACGCGGCGUGAGGUCGACGCUUGGUUCACUGAGAGGCGGAAAAUGCCUUCAAAGGAGGAUGAUGAGGAGGGAGAGGAUGAGAAGGUUGCCGUGCCUUCUUCCUCUGCUCAUGAGCGGCAGACCACUCCACCCGCCAGCAGGAAGACGAUGAAGAAGACGCCUGAGCAGCUCCAUAUCCUGAAGAAGGCCUUCGUCCGCACACAGUGGCCGACGCCCGAGGAGUACGACCAGAUGGCAGAGGAGAGCGGUCUGCCGAGGACAUACAUCGUCAACUGGUUUGGAGACACGCGCUACGCCUGCAAGAACAGCAACCUGAAGUGGUACUACCUCUACCAGAGUGGAAAGGUUGAUGAGGCGCUGAACGGUGGAGCUAAAAUCCAAAAGAAGUCCAGGAAGCGCUUCCGUGGUUGGUCCAGGAGGACACGCCGGCCGUAUCCCUGCAAGCGCUCACCACAGGGGGGCGCCAGCACCAUCAAGGUGAAGUCCGGUAAGUCGUUCCUGAAGGACUACUACCUCAAACACCGAGCCCUGAGUGAGAAAGAUCUGGACGAUCUGGUGUCAAAGUCCAGCAUGAGCUACGAGCAGGUGAGGGACUGGUUCUAUGAGACCGCCAGGAGGGUGGAGGAGGGCAAGGAGCCAUUCAGCGAUGAGGAGGCCGAGGGGGAGGAAGAAGAGGAGGACGAGGAGGAGGAGGAGGAAGAAGAGGAGGAGGAGGAGGAGGAGGAUGGCGCAGCAGCAGCAGAGCAUGCAGACAGCGAAGAAGAGAUGGAGGUGAAAGAACAAGGAGAGGAGGCCAGUGACGACGACUGCAACGAGGAAGAAGCCGAGGAGGAGGAGGAGGAGGAGGAGGAGGUGGAAAACGAAGAGGAAAUAAUCCAGGAGGAAUCUGAAGACGUCAGCCAAUCACAGCCUCAGGCAGAGGAGCAGACAUGAGCAGACAGCAUCAAUGCUGCAUUGUGGAGACGGCAUCUAGGACGAUAACGUGUCGGUGUUUCUCAGCUGGUGGGUCGGGACCCAAAGAUGGCCGCAGGAAGCUCAGACAGAGAGUCACAGCUCACAGGGAUGACAUGUUAACUAAAACGAUGAGUUUGUGCCUUUGGAGAUGAGCUUUGGGUCCUGAUGCAGCUGAGAAGCACUGAGAUGAUGGCGCUGAGUAAACAGACAAAGCAUCACGAUGCAGUUUGUUUCUGCUGAUGAACUGUGGGGACCAAUCAAACGUGCAGGACGACUCGCCAAACGUUACCACGAGAGUAAGUUCCAGUUCUGCUCCUGUACAAAUAACAAGGCUUUUAUUUUGGUGAGAAUGACGGGGCUUUUAUUUUAGCCUUUUCAUGUCAUUUUUGUUACAAAAAUAAAUAAAUCAAUGUUUUUAAAGUAA